AAUACCAACAACAAAGCCGGACUAUCCGAGAAAUAAUUCAAGCUGCUGCUACAGUGGGUGUGAAAUGUAUUUUAAAUGUAGGUUACGACAAGUCCAGCAAUCAAAAAAUAAUAGAACAGUUAAAAGAGUUUGCUAACUUGUAUGGAGCCUUAGGUUUGCAUCCGAACAGCAAUGAGGACUUGACAGAAGAAAAUUUAAGUUGA